GGUGUUGUCUAUAGCAACAUGUCACGUGUACCAAUCAAGUGCCCGUUUUAUCCAAAAUGGCGACGACCAUUGAUUUCCUGCACUAUUUAAACCUGUAAUAAUAUAACAUUGAUAUUUGUGAUGUACCAGUAACAAGAAAGAUGAAUUAUGUUGGAAGUAUAUCGAUCAUUGACUGAGGUGAUGCCCCGGCAAAGGCUAUCAUCGACAAGAACACCCGGUCCCUGGCACAGAGAGUGGCAGAUGAGACUAAAGAAGAACUGGACAAAGUUAUGGACACGGUGGACAAUAUCUAUUUGUCCUAUGAAAUGUCUACCCAGACCAUGUUUGAUGAUCCAAGAGGCUCUCCUAAUGUAGAAUAUAUUGAGGAUAUUAAAGAACUAGAAGAGAUUAUUACGGACACUGUAAAGAAGAAGAAAUAUCAACAACAGGUGACAGUGUUUGUCGUUGGUUUUCAAGAUGUAUGGGCACAGAAAAUGAAGCUUCUUCAACAAGUUAAUCAGUUGAUGUACACAUGAGCAGUUUAUAUGUGUGUGUAUGCCUGGAUUUCCUGAUGUCAGUAGCCGACUUCUUUGUGAAAGGUCUACCUAAACAACCCGAGGUAGAACCACCACCUGUUCCUGCCAAAGAAACACAAAAAGCAGCUGCAGUACAACCAAAGCCUGCCGAGCCGGUGGCAGGUGAGAUGAAUAUAUCUGUCUCUAUAGAUAGACCAGAAAUUAUCAUGAUUGAAGACCAGUCUAAACAAGAUACUAGUGCCCUCAUGUUAGAUAUGGAGUUAGUGUUCAGGAUGAGACAGAGUACGGAGACAAUGGACAUGUCAGCUGCCAUUAAAAACCUCGGUAUAGUCUCAUGUAAAUACAACAGUAGAGGCUCCGGGUCACAGAUAUUGACCCCAUGUGACAUAUCAUUCUACAGUAAGACGCCUAAGGAUCAGGGAGCACAUAUGGAUGUUUCUACUACAGAUUUAAUCCUGAACAUUUCCCCAGCUACCAUCAAAACAAUGUCGGCAAUAGCCGCUGGAUUGUCUAAACAAGAAGAGGAAGGGGAAGAGGAAGAGAAAAUGCCUGGGGAUAUCUGGCAGAUUAAGAAAAUAUCCGACUGUGAUUUCUGGUUCCUAAAAUCAGCUGAUGACACAGACAACCGUAAGUGGAAUAUGUAGAAAUAUAGACCAACAGGAACACAUAUAGCACAGCUUCAAAUUAACAUUACCGUAUUUCUGAUAAUUAUUGCGCUUCUUUAUUGCCCUAU